AUGUCAAGUACAGAUUUGGGAUUAUCAGAUAAUGCUAAGACUCUACAUUCAGGUAUGAUUGCGAAAGGAUCUGCAGCGAUGUUUAGCCAACAAGAAUUGACCAUUCUAUCUGGUCAAAGUUCUUUGGGUGAUUUAAUGCUAAUUGUUCAAGAAUUACUAGACAAGAAUCUAAUUAAAUUGAUUAAACAAAAUAAUGAACUAAAAUUUCAAGCUGUUGAUUAUAAUGAAGCUAAUAAGAAAUCCUCGAUGAGUUCAGAAGAAGCUUUAGUUUAUUCAUACAUUGAAGCUAGUGGUAGAGAAGGGAUAUGGUCCAAGACUAUCAAAGCUAGAACCAAUUUACAUCAACAUGUUGUUUUAAAAUGUUUGAAAAGUUUGGAAUCACAACGAUAUGUUAAGAGUGUGAAGAGUGUGAAAUUCCCUACGAGGAAAAUCUAUAUGCUGUAUAAUUUACAACCAUCUAUUGAAGUGACAGGUGGGCCAUGGUUUACGGAGGGUGAAUUGGAUGUAGAAUUUAUUAAUAGCUUAUUGACAAUCGUAUGGAGAUUUAUAUGUGGUACCACAUUCCCUAAUGGGUUUAAAGGAUUCAGUAAUGGGAUGAAAGAGGUUCAUUAUUCUCCAAUGGUUAAGAAUUAUUCCACAACGAGUGAAAUCUUGGAGUUUAUUUCUGGAGCAGGUGUUAGUACCGUAGAAUUACAUGAUAAUGAUAUUAGAUCUCUAUGUGAGGUUCUAGUCUACGAUGAUAAAUUAGAACAGGUUUCUCAUGAUUGUUAUAAAGCGACAUUACAGAGUGUAUUAAUGUUAAAUGCAGCGACCAAUUUCGGAGCAGUUUCCAAGAAAAGUGUGAAUCAAGAAGGAGGUGGUGAUAAUAAUGGUAACUUUGGUGAUAUUGGAGAUGAUGAUGAUGACGAAUUCUCGAUAUUUAGUUAUUUCAAUGGUAUUUCUCAAUCGCAGGGGGAUAAAGAGGCAGUAUAUUUCGAUGAAUGGACGCUGUGA